AUGGUCAAAGCUGUCGUUUGCGGUGCUGCCGGUGGUAUCGGUCAACCACUAUCUCUCCUCCUCAAGCUCAAUCCCAUCAUCACCGAGCUCUCUCUUUACGAUGUUGUCAACGCUGUUGGUGUCGCUGCUGAUUUGUCUCACAUCCCAACUCCUGCUCAAGUAACUGGUUUCCUCCCAGCAGACAACGGAGCUGAGAAGGCCCUCAAAGGUGCUGAUAUCGUUGUCAUCCCCGCCGGUGUACCCAGAAAACCUGGAAUGACCCGUGAUGACCUAUUCGUCAACGCCGGUAUCUGUGCUACGCUCGCUCAAGCAAUCGCCAAUGCUUGUCCCAAAGCUUUCAUCUUGGUUAUCUCCAACCCUGUCAACUCAACUGUCCCAGUCUUCGCUGAGACCUUAAAGAAGGCUGGUGUUUUCGACCCAAAGAAACUCUUGGGUGUAUCUCACCUCGAUAUCAUCCGAGCUUCAACUUUUGUCGCUUCCGUUCUUGGAAAACCCACAGAAGCCCUCCACUAUACCAUCCCAGUAGUCGGAGGUCACUCUGGUGCUACCAUCUUACCUUUACUCUCUCAAGCUAAACCUGCUAUUCCCGAUAUCUUGAACGAUAAAGAGAAGAGAGACGCUUUGGUAAAUCGAAUUCAAUUCGGUGGUGACGAGGUCGUCAAGGCUAAGGAUGGUGCUGGUUCUGCUACCCUCUCUAUGGCUCAAGCCGGUGCUGAAUUUGCCAACUACGUCCUUGAGGCCGCUUUCGGCGGUAAGAAAGGAAAAGUCGUUCAAGCUUACAUCAAUCUCGGUGCCGAUGCCGGAGGUGAAGGUAUCAAGAAGGAAAUUGGAACUGAUUUGGACUACUUCUCUGUAAAUAUUGAACUCGGUCCCAGCGGUAUCGAAAAGAUUCUCCCCAUUGGUCAAAUUGAUGACGUUGAGAAGGGACUUCUUGAGGCUGCUGUCAAGGAGCUUGGUCCAUCUAUUGAGAAGGGUAACUCAUUUACUCCCGCUCCUCCCAAGCUCUAG